CCCCGGUUUGCAGCCAUGGUUUCUUCUAAAUUUAAACAAGACAAGAGGUUAGAGACGAAAGGAGCUGUUUUAAGUAUGGUUUGUUGGGUUCGGACAUUGUUGUUUAUUUCUGUUUUGGUUCCUGCAUUUGUGGAGUGCCGGAUUCGGCAUUACCAUUUCAAUGUGGUUGUAAAAAAUGCAACGAAGCUUUGUUCGACCAAGCCGAUUGUGACCGUGAAUGGGACGUUUCCGGGACCGAGACUUUAUGCUCGAGAAGGCGACAACGUGCUAGUAAGGCUAACUAAUCAUGUUCAAUACAACGUUACAAUCCAUUGGCAUGGGGUACGGCAACUUCGAACCGGUUGGUCCGAUGGACCAGCAUAUAUCACUCAGUGUCCAAUUCAACCAGGCCAAAACUUUCUUUAUAACUUCACAUUAACAGGUCAAAGAGGGACACUCCUUUGGCAUGCGCAUAUUUCGUGGUUGAGAACGACUGUGCAUGGUGCUAUUGUUAUCUUACCGAAAAAAGGUGUACCUUAUCCGUUCCCGAAACCGUAUAAGGAAAAGGUCAUCGUAUUAGGAGAAUGGUGGAAAGCGGACACCGAAGCCGUGGUGAAGCAAGCAACGCAAACUGGUUUGCCUCCGAAUAUAUCAGAUGCACACACGAUUAAUGGCCAUCCGGGGCCGGUUCCUAACUGUUCUUCCGAUGAUGCAUAUACUUUACAUGUCGAAACUGGGAAAACCUAUCUACUUCGGGUCAUAAAUGCCGCGGUGAACGAUGAACUCUUUUUCAAAAUUGCAAACCACAAUCUAACCGUUGUGGAAGUCGAUGCGUGUUAUACGAAACCCUUUGAAACCGAUACAUUAUUUCUCGGUCCAGGACAAACCACAACUGCACUUCUUAAAGCAGAUCAAGGCAUUGGCAAGUCCUUAAUAGCUAUAUCUCCAUUUAUGGACACUACCGUUGCGGUCAAUAACUUGACCGGAAUUGGAUACUUACGAUACAAUCACACCCUAGCCUUUACACCAACUACCUUUGUUGCCAUCCCUGCCGUAAAUGCAACACCCGUGACAUCGGUUUUUUCUGAUUCUCUUCGAAGCCUUAAUUCGAAACAAUACCCUGCCAACGUCCCUUUAACCAUCGAUCAUUCACUAUUUUUCACCAUCGGGGUCGGGAUUAACCCUUGUGCCACAUGUUUCAAUGGUUCACGAGCCGUAGCAGCUAUUAACAAUGUAUCCUUUGUCAUGCCAACUACAGCAAUCCUUCAAGCACAUUACUACGGAAUAAAUGGCGUUUUCACUGAUGAUUUCCCAGCAAAGCCGGCAAUACCAUUCAAUUAUACAGGCACUCCACCGUCUGGUGUACAAACGAUGAACGGAACCAAGGUAUACAGAUUGGCCUAUAAUUCAACAGUUCAACUUGUGAUCCAAGGGAACACUAUAAUAGCACCCGAGAGCCAUCCAACCCAUCUUCACGGAUCCAACUUCUUUGUAGUCGGUAGAGGGGUUGGAAACUUCGAUCCGGAGAAGGAUCCAUUGAAAUUCAAUCUUGUCGAUCCGGUUGAACGGAACACAGUAAGCGUACCAACUGCAGGGUGGACUGCAAUAAGAUUCAGAGCAGAUAACCCAGGGGUCUGGUUUUUUCAUUGCCAUCUGGAAGUUCAUACAACAUGGGGACUUAAGAUGGCAUUCUUGGUGGAAAACGGAAGAGGCCCGAACGAGUCUAUCGAACCGCCUCCGAGCGAUCUUCCAAAGUGUUGAACCGAGUUUUAAGACAACUUUGAGAAUCAAAGUUUGAGGGUGGAGAGGAGAAUCAGAUGCUGAGUUAGAAAUGUUGAAAAAAGAUAAGGUAAAGAUAAUAAACAGCAGAUGAUGAAAGGGUGGUUGUUGUUUUCUUUUUGUUCAUUUUAAAGAUUAAUUUUAAGUUGUAUAGUUUGAAAUCCUUGUAAUAAGCUUUCAUUUUCAAUCAGUUUGAGUUUUUGGUGGGGUGGAUAUAUAUAUAUAGUUUGAGUGUAUGUAAAGCAUGUAUAUAUCUAUAAGAGGUUCCAAUUAAAAUUUAUGAUGAAAUUGAAAGUGUGGGAAAUUUGGAAAGA